GCCAGCGAACUUUUAGUGGCCUGUUGGGUGGCUUUGGCGAUGCAAGCGAUAUGAUUGGAGAUGUGCCAAACAAGAGGGAUGCACAGCUGGCUGAGGUCUUGGGUUUUGUGAAGAAAGGACGGAUGGAUCGUGCCCUUCAACUGGCUGCACCCUUGGCUGAAGCUGUCGAUGCUGCACCAGCGCAGUUCUUGGCAGAGCAGUGUUCACAGCGUGCAGCAGCAGCCUAUUGCAACAGCAAAGAGGCUCAGGAGAUGGCUGUGCAGCUGGUGGUGGCUGGAACUACCUUCGACAUACCAGGUCGGGACGUGAAUUUAAUUCGUCCACGGCAACUGGUGGAGGGCUUUUGGCUCCGCAAGGUGAGUGAUGUCUACGACAUGGCAGAUGGCUGCAGGCGCUUGGCCAAAGCUGCCUUGGCGCUGGGCGGCGAGGCAUUGGCGCCGUGCACCUUGGAUUGUGUGCAUUUGCGCAGUUUUUGA